UGACAGUGAUCUGUGAGAGUUCGCAACUAUGGCAUCAUCUAAGAUAUUACUACUCUUCGGAGUGGCGUUAGCCCUGAUAGCCACAGCCUUCGCACAGGGCUAUGGUGGCGGUGGUGGAUACGGCGGUGGCUUCGGUGGCCAAGGAGGCGGCUUCGGUGGUCAGGGAGGCGGCUUCGGAGGCCAAGGAGGCGGCUUCGGAGGCCAAGGCGGCGGUGGCGGUUUCGGAGCUCAAGGCGGUGGUUUCAAAGUACAAGGAGGAGGAUUCAGAGCCCAGGGCGGCAGCUUUGGAGCACAGGGUGGCGGCUUUGGAGCCCAGGGAGGUGGCUUCGGCAGCCAAGGAGGUGGCUUCGGAGGACAAGGCGGUGGCUUCGGAGGACAAGGAGGUGGUUUCGGAGGGGGAUUCGGGGGUGGACGAGGAGACUAUGGACGUUGAUUUUUAAGUGGAAAUGUACGCUUACGGAGAAUGAUUUGAGCUUUAUUAUUUUUUAGUUUUUUUGUUCCUUUUAAAACUAAUAAAACUUUGUUGUAUAAAGAAUACAUAAUUUUAAUUAUAUUGAAACAUGUAAAUAGCUAAUUACGAAUUGUAUUUUCCCACGAGUCACGACAACAAAAAUAAAUAAACAAUCUUAGUUUACUUUAUAA